AUGGUACGGCAACUUCAUACUUUCGAGGCCGCAAGGGUCGUCGCAAAGGACGCCGAUCAGUAUCUCCCGCAGCCUUCCAAAACGCAGACUGGACCCACGUAUACCGUGGUGGAUGAAGAUAUUGAGAUUGCCGAAGAAGACGACGACGACCCUCCCGAGCCAGUCAAGGUCCUCGAGGAGCUAUCCACCUUUGAAGAGGUCAUUGUUUGGGGCCAUGAUGCCGUGCCAACAAACGAAGAUACCUUUGUGAAAGGGAUUGAAGAAUGGGUCGCUUUUGCCGAGGCGAUCCACGGUCUCCCAGGAAGAUAA